UAUCUGCCCCUCUUUUACAAAACAUUAACUAAAACAAAACAGAACACUUCAUUCAAAAACAAUUUGAAGACUGUGGUAGAAUAUGAAUGCUGAAAUGAUGAUAACUUAAACAUUUAAGUACAUCAAGAAGCUGAAAUUAAUAAUAUAUUUUAACUUUUUUUUUUUUUUUGCCUACAACAAAACAUUGGUUUCCGUGUUCCAUUCAUAAUUCUUCCUUCUGAUGCUUAUUACGCAACUAUCUCACAACUGGUUUCGCAGCUUUUUUUGGGGGGGGGAUUUCAUGCCGCUUCUCUCCCGAUCAGCUGAUGCAGCCAGGUGAACUGCAGACGGAUGGAUGAACGGCUGAGGUUGGAUGGCUGCUUUUCUAGUCUAGUGGAGGACUCGCCGCUCGUCUCACAUUACACCGCUGCUCUCCAUCUUCCUGUCUCCCUCCAUCGCGGUCGCUCCCCCUCGGCCUGUGAGCGGAUGAAUGCCGAAGCCUGGGAUUUUAUCAUCGCCCAAAGGACUCCAUGUCUUUCUUGGACUGUUCCUGCAUCUCCCACGCUCAGGUCCAGCCCUUGGACCUAGAGGAGCGCUAUGAGGACACCAGCCACCAGUUCCUGAGCUGUGACGGUUCUCAAUACACUCUGCAAGGGCCAGCGGGGGGCGAUGACAUCACAGGACUCUCAGCGGUGCCCGCCCACUACCAGCUGCUGUCUGAGCUCGGGAGGGGCUUCAAUAACCUGAGCCAGGUGAACAUGGCGCGACACAUCCCUACUGGCCAGCUGGUUGCCGUCAAGCAAACCAACCUGGACGAGUGCACCGAGGAGGAGCUGGUGCAGCUCAUGAACGAGGUUCUGCUUUCCCGGCUGUUCCGUCACACCAACCUGCUGACCUCUCGCCUGGUCUUCAGCUCCUGCUGCCAGCUCUGGGUCCUCACACCGCUCAUGGCUUACGGCUCUGCAGACACCUUACUAAGAACAUACUUCCCAGAUGGAAUGAGUGAAUCCCUGAUAGCGUACCUGCUGUAUGGCGUUCUGAAGGCGUUGGAAUACCUGCACCAGAUGGGCUACGUGCACCGCGGGUUGAAGGCCAGUCACAUCCUGCUGUCCGGGGAGGGGCGUGUCUACCUCUCAGGGCUGCACAGCAUUUACAGUAUGAUGCGCGAGGGGAAGAGGAUGAGGGCCGUGUUCGACAUGCCCCAUCACAGCCCGGCCCUGCUGCCCUGGCUGAGCCCUGAGCUGCUGCGACAGGACCUGCAUGGAUACGGAGUGAAGUCUGAUAUCUACAGUUUAGGUAUUGUGGCCUGUGAGCUGGUCAGCGGCAGGGUGCCCUUCCAGGAUAUGCCCCCCACUCAGAUGCUGCUCCAGAAGCUCCGAGGAUCCCACUGCUGCCUCCUGGACGUCGCUCCCUUCCCGCUCGGCGAGCUCGGGGGGCUGAAGGUGUCGCGGUCCGGCGUGGACUCCGGCAUCGGGGAGAGCGUGGCCACGGGGAGCCUUACGCACAGCGCCACCGCUCCCCCCGCCGAUCGACCCCAGAGCCCCGCGCCCAAAAACCACUCGGUCACCCUGCACAACCUGGUGCAGCUGUGUCUGCAGCAGCAGCCUGAGCGCAGACCGUCAGCAUCUUCACUGUUGACCCAUGCCUUCUUCAAGCAGGUGAAGAGGCACACCAGAGACUCCUUCCUCAGCCUCAUGUACCCAGCAGCGCCCCUCACCAGCCCGGACGACCUCCCGGUAUCCUGCCCCCCCACCCCGUCCUGCCACCCUCUGACGUCCACCCCCACAGAUCCCGCUGAGGGGGUGUGGGACUUCUCCUAACCCCAAAUCCUCCAUCACUCCAAAUACUGACUAGCAAGCCAAACACGAGACAAUCAAAACAGAGCAAUGAGGCCAAAUUCUACUGUGCUUUUAUUUUGUAGUAUUCACUCUGAGCCUUUUUUUUUUUUUUAAGUAGUUUUUGUAGUUUUUUUUUAAAAUAUGUUUGUCGGAUACAUAUGUGGAGUAACGGUGGAGCAGCUGACAGGACUGUGAAAGUGCUGGAUCAAAAAGCUGCUCUGAUCAUAGUCUAAAGGUCAUGAUAAGAAUUUGUUUCAGAAUAAAAGCCUGGUUGACCGAUAAUCAAGCGCUUCCGAACAGCAACUACGAGUUAAAGAAAAAAAAGUCCACAUGGUUAAAAACAGCUGUUGGCGGUAUAAGAGUCAUUAUUUUGUGUGCCUGUAGUCGCAGUUCUUCUCCUUUAAAGUGUAGUAUAGUACAGAAAAAAUGACUUUGUAAAUAAAUCAAAAUCCAACAAAAAGUGAAACCUCGAUAGGUACUGCAGACUAAUCUCUGAAGAGUGAGAGACUGUGUAACGGUGUUUUUUUCCCCUUUUUUAAGUGUUAUGUUGUAUUCAUACUGUGAAUAGUGAAUACUGUGAGCGUAGUUAUGUCACCUAUGUGCAUAUAUAUUCAUCUUUAUAAUCAAACUAAGGAUGCAAAGGAGGGG